CCCACCAUUCGCACACAUCUCUUUUUUAUCAUCAUCAUUAUCAUUCCAACAUGAACAAGAUCAUAUACAUAGCUACACUCUUAGCCCUUGUGGCGGUCGCAUCGGCGAUCGACAUGUCAAUCAUCGGAUACGAUGAAACACACAACAUCGUAGCGGCGGCCGAUGAUUGGCGUACCGAUGAAGAAGUCAACUCCAUGUACGAGUCAUGGCUAGUGCACCACGGCAAAACAUACAACGCUAUAGGCGAAAAAGACCGGAGGUUUCAGAUCUUUAAAGAUAACCUCCGGUUUAUUGACCAACAUAACUCCGUUGACCGGACUUAUAAAGUUGGACUUAAUAAGUUUGCUGAUCUCACUAAUGAAGAGUAUCGGAAUACUCACACUGGUCUUAAAACUAAAAAUAACAAGCUAAAAAAUGGUAAAAAGAGUGAUCGGUAUGUUUUACAGUCCGGUGAGUCGUUGCCGGAAUCUGUUGAUUGGAGAGAGAAAGGUGCUGUUACUGCUGUUAAGGAUCAAGGAAGCUGCGGGAGUUGUUGGGCAUUUUCAACGACCGGGUCGGUGGAAGGGAUCAACCAGAUUGUGACAAGUGACCUGAUCUCAAUCUCGGAACAAGAGCUUGUAGAUUGUGAUACAUCUUACAAUCAAGGAUGCAAUGGAGGUCUCAUGGACUAUGCCUUUGAGUUCAUUAUUAAGAAUGGCGGUAUUGACACUGAAGAAGAUUAUCCUUACACUGGCAAAGAUGGAAAGUGUGACGCUAUCAGGAAAAACGCAAAGGUUGUUACUAUUGAUGGUUAUGAAGAUGUUCCAGUCAACGACGAAUCAGCACUCAAAAAGGCGGCUGCAAACCAACCUAUCGCCGUUGCCAUUGAAGCCGGGGGCAGGGAAUUCCAAUUCUACACUUCGGGUAUCUUCACUGGUUCAUGCGGAACAGACUUGGACCAUGGUGUGCUUGUGGUUGGUUACGGGACAGAAAGCGGCAAAGAUUAUUGGAUUGUCAAGAACUCAUGGGGUGCAGAAUGGGGAGAGGGUGGUUACUUGAAAAUGGAAAGAAACAUUAAAGCAAAAACGGGCAAAUGUGGUAUUGCGAUGGAGGCUUCAUACGCUACCAAGACUGGUCCUAACCCGCCUAACCCUGGUCCAUCUCCUCCAUCUCCAGUCACACCUGAAGUGGUUUGUGACGAGUACAGCACUUGCCCUGAAAGCACCACCUGCUGUUGUAUCUAUGAGUAUUAUGGCUAUUGCUUUGCUUGGGGAUGCUGUCCAUUGGAGGGUGCCUCCUGCUGUGAUGAUCACUACAGUUGUUGCCCACAUGAUUAUCCUAUUUGCAAUGUGCGCCGUGGUACUUGCUCAAAGAGCAAGAACAGCCCAUUGGAAGUUAAUUCAAUCAUGAGGAUUCUUGCUAAACCAAACAAGUUGAAGAGGACCAUUGCUUGAGAAACGAAAAGUUUGAGAAAUUCUUGAGAGGGUCACUUCAUGAGUUACACGGUUGAGGGCCGAAAUCUGAUGAUACUUUUGUUUGUCAGAUUUUUUAUUUGUAAAUACUGCAUUGGUUCAUGUACUAAACAUUUGAAUUCCUCCUGUUUAUUUGAACAAAGUUAAUUAAGUUGCGAUUCCAAUUGCAAUUGUUUUGAUUAUAAA